AUUUAGCAAGCCUUAUAUCAUUUUAAUAGACUAAAGCCCUAAACUCUUUUUGCACACCUUCGCCUCGCUUCUCUCUUCCCUUCGCUCAUCGGCUCUCUGAGGAAGAGGAAACAGAAUGAGUGUUGCAGUGGAUUUGUUAGCUAUUCAAAAUCCCAACUAUUUUCGGUUAAGGAGGCCUUCUUCAUCCUCUUUAAAGCUUGAAUCUUUGCUAAAACCUAGGUGUUGUCGAGUUUCGAUUGAGUCUCCUGCUGUUUUUACUCCUAAAGGUCUUGGGAUUCGGAGUGGGACUGGUUUUCCUUCUCUGGAGCGAAGGAUUUCGUUGAGCCGACCGAUUGUGGCGUCUGCUGCAUCACAUGAAGAAUCGAAGCAUUCAGAAAUUGAACUGGAGAAGGAAAACAAUGUUGAAGAGUUGGGAGCUGAAGAAUCACAAGAAGCUUGGAAAGAGACUCUGGCUUCUUUCAAAGAAGAAGCCUUGAAGAUGCAAAGUAUAUCGCAAGAAGCAUACGAGGUAUACUCCAAGAAAGCAAUGGUCAUUUUGAAAGAAACAUCAGAGCAGUUAAAAAUUCAAGCGGACAAAGCUAGAAGUGAUCUAGCUGUGUUAGCAAAGGAUGUUACUGGGGAGACUAAAGAAUUCCUCUCAGUAGCUGCUGACAAUUAUCCGGAGCCUGUGAAGGAGGUCGUGGAAACGUUGGUUUCCACAACUGAUGAUUUGGUUGAUUUUUCUCAAUUUCAUGACUUUCAUCUUGGAAUACCUUACGGUUUUCUGCUUUCCGUUGGUGGCUUUCUUUCCUUUAUGUUGACGGGCAGCAUUUCUGCUGUUAGGUUUGGUAUCAUUCUAGGUGGUGCUCUUUUGGCUUUAAGCGUAUUAAAUUUAAAAUCAUACAAAAAAGAAGGGCAACCAUCUCUUUCACUCUUGAAAGGAGAGACAGGAAUAGCAGCUAUAAUCUUUCUUAGGGAGUUCCGAUUGCUGUUUCAGAAAGCUUCUUUAUUGACCUUUUUCUCAACCGUCAUCAGUGGUGCAAUGCUUGCAUUCUUUAUAUAUAGAAUCAUAGUGAAUGGUCAGCAGAACAGAGGAUCAGACAUGGGACAACGAGCUGAAAAUUGAUUCAUUUUGUUCCAGAUGAAAGGCCAGAAGAUUAUGGUAGGUUUGAAGAAACAAUGUGAGAUUUUGGAGAAUAUAGCUUGGUUUUGGAGCAGUAGAAUGCUGAAGGUUCAUGUACUGGGGCAUGGAAAAAGAUAGAAUAAUUUUCCUCUAUGUGGGCGUAGAGUUGAUGCUGUUUUUUGACUGGCUUUUAUAUACAUACUAUAGGUGUUCAUCUGUUGAGGGUUGCUUAUCCAGUUUUUGCUGUUAAUUAUUAGCAAGUAAAUGCAGAAAACCUCCAUGCUCCAGAAGCUCAGAGCUUUUCUAAUAAUUGACUACGUUUAUUUUCA